AGAACACUUCCUGUUGUGCAGCGCGCGGCAUGAUUACGCAUGUGACUCUUUCACUAUUUCACUUAGAAUACGGAAUUUCACAUUUCAUAGUUUAUAAUAAGCAUUUUUGAUUAAGACUACUCGUGGAUACAUUAUGGAAGUGAACGACAGAGAUUUCAUAAAUACACCUCCAAUGAAAACUGUGCGUUUUGGGAGCACUGUUGCCAAUACUUUAGCCAAACUAAAACUGGGAGACACGAGUGACUAUGAACUGAUAAAUCAUCAGCUCUCAGACCCUGAUAUUAAGGAUGGCCAAAUCAUCAACUGGUUGCAGGAAUUCAGGACCUGUGUCACCCAACUUGGCAAAGAUCAUGAGCAAUUAAUCUACAUAGUUUUGAGGCUGCCUUGGCUUGGCCGCAGUCCGGCUGUUGUGGAAGAAUAUUUGGCUUUUCUGAGUAACCUUGUAUCAGCCCAGACAGUUUAUCUAAGACCAUGUCUCAAGAUGGUCAUCUCUAAUUUUUUGCCAAAGAGAAUAAGAAUCCAGGAUGGAAAUGUGGAUAUUUCAGAUUCUGAUGAUGAAGAUGAGAAUCUUCCAAGAACAUUUGAUCAGUGUCAUCAAGCUCUUCAGCUGAUUGCAAGAUAUGUUCCAUCAACCAGCCGAUUCUUGAUGCCUAUCCUCUCCGAAAAGUUCCCUUUUGUGCAGAAAUCUUCCCGAACACUUGAGUGUUAUGUGCACAAUCUGUUGAGAGUUACAGUCUAUAUCCCUGCCCUGAGAAGAGACCUACUGGAGCUCAUUAUCAGCAAGAUGCUCACUCUAGAUGUUAGUGCACCACGAAGUGAGAUUGAAGACACAGAAGGUGCAGCGCAGCAAGACGCCAGUGGAGAUUCACAGGACGACUGUCUCUUCAACAUGGAUGAAGAAGAGGACUCUCCAUCGAGACCUGUUGAUGGGGCUGUAAUGGUUCACCCUGUGGCAGAGAGACUAGACACCUUAAUGAGAGUCCUGCUGGCUUAUAUUAAAGACAUCUGCCAUGUUAAUGGCUCAUUAGAUAUUGAGAAGGCCAAAGCUCUGUACAGGGACCUCUUGUCUGUAUUCGAUAAGGUGGUGCUUCCCACUCACGGUUCCUGUCACGUGCAGUACUGCAUGUUCUACCUGUGCAGCUUUCGCCUGGGUUUGGCUGAAGCCUUCUUGGAUCACUUAUGGAAGCAGUUACAAAGCCCUUCCCAGCCCCCCAUCCUGAGACAGGCUGCUGCUGGAUACAUGGGCAGCUUCAUGGCAAGAGCCAAGUUUUUGCCAGUAUCAACAGUCAAGGCCUGUAUGGACCUAUUAGUUCCCUGGCUGCACCUUUACAUAGACAGCCAGGACUUGGGCUCCAGAGCUUUCUGUGAUGUGAAUCUGCACAGCCCCUUUUACACAGCCUGCCAGGCUGUGUUCUACACACUGAUCUUCAGACAUAAUGCUAUUCUGGAGGGCAAUAUGAAAAAAGGUUUGGCUUACCUACAAAGUUUGAAUCUAGAGCGCAUUGUGAUGUGCCAGCUCAACCCGCUGCGGGUCUGUCUACCUGCUGUCACCAACAUGUUUGCAGCCAUCACCAGGAAGUAUCAGCUCGUGUUCUGUUACACCAUCAUUGAGCGGAACAACCGUCACCUGUUGCCAGUGGUGAGGAGUUCAAUGGGCGGCAACUGUGUGUCCACUAACACAAACCCUCUGGAUACUUUCUUCCCGUUUGAUCCAUAUCUCUUAAAAAGUUCUGGAAAACUCAUUGAGCCAAUAUACCAGGUGUGGGAGGAGCCUUCUGAAUGUAUGAUGGAUUUACCAAAGAAGGACGUCAGAAAGGGGUCCAUGGAGGAAGAAGACGAUUUUCUUCAUGGAGGGACUCCUCAUGGAGACACAAUAGUUGGCAUGACUCCAGGCUCUUAUGACUCUCACCUGCACAGCCCACGGAGCGUGGGCUCUCCCCCCAUCUCUUUCCUGCAGCGACCCUUCUGAUCCACUAUAGUAGUUAUCAGCAGGUCACUGAGGAGCUAUCCAUGCCAACACAGUACCAUGUGGGGGCGCUCAAGGAAUGCACGUGCUUGUGUUGGCACAGAUCUUGCUGAGGCUGUUAAGAAACUCCUGUAAGUGACCCUUUACCACACCAGUUUUACUGGCCUCUGUGUCAGUGGUUUUGCUAAACACCCUAUCAAACUUUAAGACUGCAUCAUGUUUCUUUUGCACAUUUUAGUUAACCCGUCAGCCACAACAUUAAAACCACCUGCCUAAUAUUGUGUAGGUCCACCUCAAAAGAGUGCACCAUUCUCAGUAAAUUCUAGAUACUGUUGUGCAUGACAAUCCCAGGAGAUCAGCAGUUACAGAAAUACUCAAACCAGCCCAUCUGGCACCAACAAACAUGCCAUGGUCCAAAUCACAGAGAGAAUUGUUUUUCGCCACAUUCUGAUGGUUGAUGUGAACAUUAACUGAAACUCCUGACCAGUAUUUGCGUGAUUUUAUGCACUGCUGUCACACGAUUGACUGAUUAGAUAAUUGCAUGGAGGUUUGUUGGUGCCAGACAAGCUGUUUGAGUAUUUCUGUAACUGCUGAUCUCCUGGGAUUUUCACUCACAACAUUCUCUUGAAUUUACUCCGAAUGGUGCCAAAAACAAAAAACAUUCAGUGAGCGGUAGUUCUGUAGAUGGGAACGCCUAGUUGAUGAGAGGUCAACAGAGAAUGGCCAGACUGGUUCGAGCUAAGAGAAAGUCUACGGUAACUCAUAUAAUCACUGUACAAUUGUAGUGACAAGAAUAUCAUCUCAGAUUGCUAUUCUGAGAUGCAGGUUGGCACUGUUUUGGUGGCACAAGAGGGACCCACACAAUAUUAGGCAGGUGGUUUUAAUGUUGUGGCUGAUAGGUAUAUAUUAAUAGUGAAAUUAAAGAAUCACCUGUGGUUUCUCAAGCAGACAAUGCCAUGUAAUCUGUUUUUGAGAGAAACUGACAGGACUGAAAUAGUCAAUGCUGUAAUUAAAUGUAAAAAAAACACUUUGUACUCAGUUACAAUGAGUAAAUAUUAUUUGCUAUUUAUUUUUCAGUCUGUUCUGUACAGAUUUGUUCUUAAAAUGGAAUUGACAGGUUGGAAUUGCCUGAUUAUGUUGUUGGUUAAUGUGCUUCAUUUCCCACUGCUGAGGUUAUAAAAUAUUCAGUAGGACGUACAAAAGAAUAUUUUUCCUUUAGAGAUGAGUUUCCAUGGUGUUUGGUUUGAAAUUUUAAUGAUCCAAUUAUGCCAUAUUAUUUGGCUUUUUCUUUGUAAAAAAUAGCACAAUGAGUUUGUCUUGAAUCUAGCUGAAUUUGUGCUAAAUUCAGUAUCAGAAUUUGACAUUUUUACUCUUAAGAUAAUGUUAACAUGUAAAAUAAGACAAAUGGUUUAAAGGUGUGCCAGUUUUAUUAAAAUAUUGGUAAAGUGUUCUAAUUACUGUUUUUUUUUUUUGUGUUUUUUUUCCAAGACAGGUAAAAUAUUUUAGAAACUUUUGAAAUGUUGAUUUUUAUCAUUAAUUUCCAGGUAAAUCAUUACAAUAUAACAAUAAUUUAAUAACUAUUAAUUAAUAUAAUAAGAAUAAUAAUUAUAUAAUUAGUUUAAUAAUUGCAAAUUAUAAAAAAUGUUUUAUCUCCAUGCCUAGAACAGAAUAAAUGUGAUUAGCCUUUACAGUAAUGUUACUGUAAACAGGUUACAAAAAGGUCAAAUGCAGUCAUGCAUUCUUAAAACAACAUUUGUGCAUAGUCAAAUCAAUAAAAAAUUUUUUAUACUUGCACAAAAACGGCCAUGGAUGCAGAUUACACAAGCAUUAAAGGGGUCGUGACAUGAGGAAUAAAAUGUUCCUUGCCCCUUUGACAUUAAUAGUCAUUGUACUAUAAAACAUGGUGUAAAUGUCAGAACUCAAAACUUUCUCACUGCAAAAAGAGCAUUUGUUGAAACAAAGCUGCCUUUACUUCCUCAAAAUUGUGAUGUCACACUGUGGUAUACAUUUGGAUAUGACCACCUCCACAUCAACACCUACUUAACCUUUAAUCACUUCCAUAGCCUGCACAGUAGGUGAAAAAAAUUGUAUAAUGACCCAGCUUUUGCACUACAAUAUAUAUUGACACGCAU